UUUCCCCUCUCUGUCCCCCCCCCCGCUCCCCCCAGCUCAACGCCAUGGAAUGCAAUGCCCAUUAUUAAGGAAUAAUCACGAUAAUUAAUUAAAAUACUUAUUAAAUCCUCCCCGCCGCGGGAUGUACGUUGGGAUCGGGGUGGAGGAGGGGGGAGGAAACCCGGCUCGCUCCGGCCCGAGCGGGUCCGUGGGAUUCGUCAAGGUCGUUUUUAAUGAAAACGAAAGUUUGCGAGCUCAGUCGGGCAGCGGAGCCCGGGCGGGAGGGCGGCUCGGGGGGUGCAGAUCCCAAAAACCCAAAAACGCGCCUGGGAUGGAGCGCCCCGGCCCCGAGGGGCUGCGGGGGGAAAAGGGGAAGGGGGAGGAAGAGAGGGUGCUGGUGUCGGAGCACAGCUGGAGACCCUGCCCCACCGCCCGGAGAAGGGUCCGAGGGUGCUUGGAGUGGGUGAAGCGGCAGCUGUUCCGCGUGGGGGAGGAUUGGUACUUCCUCUUCAUUCUGGGGGUCCUCAUGGCCACCAUCAGCUUCACCACGGACAUCGUCGUCGCCAGGCUCCAAGCGGCCCACAUGUGGCUGUACCAAGAGAUCGGGGACAUCGCGGUGCUCAAGUACCUCUCGUGGACCCUGUACCCCACGGCACUGGCCACCUUCUCCACCGGCUUCUCGCAGAGCAUCACCCCGCACUCCGGAGGCUCCGGCAUCCCGGAGCUGAAGACCAUCCUGAUGGGCGUGCUGCUGGAGGACUACCUGGCCAUCCAGAACUUCGGAGCCAAGGUGGUGGGGCUGACCUGCACCCUGUCGUGCGGCAGCACCGUUUUCCUUGGGAAAGUGGGUCCCUAUGUCCACCUCUCCGCCAUGGCCGCAGCGUACCUGGGGAAGAUGAGGACCACGGUCACGAGGGAGUAUGAGAACAAGUUCAAGCAGCACGAGAUGCUGGUGGCAGCUCAAGCUGUAGGGGUGGCUUCAGUCUUCGGCGCACCCAUCAGCGGGGUGCUUUUCAGCAUCGAGGUGAUGUCCCCCCACUUUGCCGUGCGGGAUUACUGGCGCGGCUUUUUCGCCGCCACCUGCGGGGCCUUCAUGUUCAAGCUCCUGGCCGUGUUCAACAGAGAUCAAGAAACCAUCGCUGCUGUUUUCAAGAGCGACCUCAAGAUUGAUUUUCCCUUUGACCUCCUGGAGACUUUCUUUUUCCUGAUUUUGGGGACCAUCUGUGGGCUCGUGGCCUGUGCUUACCUCUUCUGCCAGCGCUGGCUGAUGGUGGCCGUGAGGAGGAACCGGCUGACAGCCAAGCUCUUGGCCACCGAGUCCGUACUGGGCGUCCGUCCAUCUGUCUGUCUGCACCCUCUGUGUCCAUGCCAUGCAUGCCCUGCGUGUCCCUGCGUCCUUUCCCUGCAGCCCGGCUGUCUGCGUGUCCCUGGGUCCGUCCCUGUGUCCGUCCCUGGGUCCGUCCCUGGGUCCGUCCCUGGGUCCGUCCCUGGGUCCCCUCCCCGUACCCUGCCCAUCCACUCUGAGUGUCCGUAUGUCCUCCCCGUGCCCUCUGGCCAUCCGUGCACCCGCUCCAUCCACCCCACACAUCCACAGUGUCCUUGUGUCCCCUCCCUGCACCCCAAGUGUCCCCAUAUCCCCCCCCCACACACACACCCUGCUCACCCCACUCCAUCCACCCUGGGUGGCCACCCUGUCCCCCCCAUUGACCCUGGGCCUGGAGGGGGCACAUCCAGCUUGGGGGUACACCCAGCUCCGGGAGGCAGGAGGGGGGUUACCUCUACCACCACCAUUUCCUGGGGGGGCCCCUGGGGUCUCCCCACCUUCCCUCCUCCCCCAAUUUUAGGAGCAGCCAUUGGGCGUCUGAUGGGGGAGGUGGUGGCCCUGCUCUUCCCACGGGGGCUCCAUUCAGAGGGACCCCCACGGCCCAUUAUUCCUGCUGGCUACGCCCUGGCUGGCGCGGCCGCGUUCUCGGGCUCGGUGACACACUCGGUGUCCACGGCCCUGCUGGUGUGUGAGGCCACCGGGCACCUGGGCCACGUCCUGCCCACCGUGCUGGCCGUGAUGGUGGCCAACGCCAUCACCCAGAAGAACCAACCGUCCUUCUACGACGCCACCAUCAUCGUCAAGAAGCUGCCCUACCUGCCCCCCAUCCGCAGCCGGCACAUCGCCUCCUACCAAGUGGCGGUGGAGGAGUUCAUGGAGCGCCGGGUGGUGGCCCUGGCCAAGGGGGACGGCUUCCAGGAGGUGCUGGUGGCCUUGGACGCCUCUGCCGAUGCAGAGUACCCUGUGGUGGAGAGCACAGGGUCCCCCACUCUGGUGGGCACCAUCAGCAGGUCCCAGCUGGUCACCUUCCUCCAGAGCCACAAGCACCCCCAGGCGCCCCAGGGGGAGAAGCUGGCCGCCGUGGGGACACUCGGGGACGACUGUGCCAUUGAGCCCAUCAUGCUCCAGUUCUCCCCGUGGACCUCCUUGCAUCAGGCCUAUCACCUCUUCCAGCUGCUGAAGCUGCAGCGAGUCUUUGUCACCCGCUCUGGGGAGCUGGUGGGGGCCGUGAGCAGGGCGGAGCUGCGGAGAGCGAUCGAGGACCUCGCUGACCCCAAGUGAUGUUUUGGGACCCCGGGGAGCCCCUCCCCAGGGGUACCCCCAUGGAAACGGGGGUGUCCUGACCCCCCCAGAUGGUGUGGGGGGUGUGGGCUGGGGGCGCUGCUUCUGCAGCAGAGCCUGCUGUGCAUUAAAUGCCUGUUUGCAUUAAA